AUGGCUGAGUUCGAUCCAAAAAAGAAAUACCAGGAGCAGGAGGAAAUCUUUUUCGAUGAUGGCCGUGAGAAAGAGCUCUUAGAAUUCAUCCAAACCAAGCCAGAUGUUGAGGAUAUGCGAAACUCGCCGCAUAAAGUGCUGGCGGCUAUCGACGAAUUUGCACGGACCCAGAAAUAUCUCAUGAAUGUGGGAGAAGACAAAGGCCGGAUCGUGACCGACCUUAUAGCCGAAGUUAAGCCACAGGCUAUGGUCGAGCUCGGCGGUUACGUUGGGUACUCCUGCAUUUUGUUUGGAGACGCUGUCCGCAAGGCCGGUGGCAAGAGGUACUUCAGCCUCGAGAGGAAUGCCGAAUUUGUGACCGUCAUCUCUUCUCUGGUUGAGCUUGCUGGUCUGAGCGACAUCGUCAAGGUCAUUGAGGGAUCAAGUGAUGCCUCCAUCAAGAAAUUGCAUGCCACCGGAGCUCUACAACACAUCGACCUCAUGUUCCUGGAUCACUACAAGCCUGCAUACACCACCGACCUGAAGCUCUGCGAGGAACUGAACCUGAUCACCCCGGGUUCCGUCUUGGCUGCGGACAAUGUGAUCAAGCCUGGGAAUCCACCAUAUCUGGAAUACGUGCGGAGCAGCGUUGAGCAGAAGAAGCAGGCGACACAGAAAGCACACAGCGUCAAUGGUGUGGAUGCUCGCUUUGCCGAUCGAACGGCCAAACAAUACCUGAGAAGGGAGGGCGAGGCUAAACUGGACGAGACCAGGGUGGGCAAUCCGCUACUGAUCUAUGAAAGUAGACUUGUCAACAGCUGGGAACCCUCAGGAGUGCCGGUAGGUCUCUGCUUCGUGAACAAAAGCUACCAUGUGCUGACUAGACCAAUCAGGACGCUCUCGAAAUCACGAGAUGCGUUGGCGUGGCCAAGGAAGGAUGAUGCAUGCACAUAUGGCCAGAUAUCUAGAACAGAUAAAGAUAUUUUCUGA